CUUUGCAUUUGGGUCUCUAGGUACUUCCCUCUGGCUUCUGCAGCUUUUGGACCUCCCCUAAAGAGAUUGUAUAAAUACAGCUCAAGAUGAAGGAGGUAAAUACACGGUUGAGGAGUUUUCUUCACAAAACCUCUGCAAAAUGGCAACAGCAAAUGUACAACAGCCACUGGCCUUACCUGUUAGACUCUGGAAUUGCCUCAGUGGAGACCCUCCGAUCCCUGUUCUGUACGAUCCAACAUUCCUGAACGCAACUCACGCCUCUCUGCUGGCUGUCAAAGACCCUGAAUUGACCCGAGCCUCCCAUUUCACUGUCACCGUACUCAACGGAUCAGAUGGCAAAAAAGUCCCAUUGGUCCUCAAGAGCACAGACACCAUCGGCAAACUUCAGAAGAGUUUCCUACAGAAGCGGCCUGACCUGACGGGAAGCCUGAACCUCGCCUACAACGGCAAGCCCGUCCAGGGGCACCAAAGCCUGGGAGAGCUGGGGGUGAAGGAUGGGGCUACUUUCAUCACCUUUCAGAGGUGUCAUGGAGGGUAGACGUGGAGCAAUAGAUGUGGAGGAGGGCUGUUUCUAUUCAUCUAUCCCUUGGUAUGAAAUAAUAUACAAAAAUAUAUGUUAAUGCAUUUAUGAUAUGUAAAGAAUAUUGCCAUUAGCCAUAUCAGGUCUUCUUUUUGCACAACAUAGUAGAUUCUUUAUUGAUUAGAAUACAAACCAAAAAGAUGUUGUAGCCUACUGAGGGAUAAUUCACAGUGAAUAAUGUCAAACCAUUUCUGUCCUUUCUUUAUGUUAAAGUAACGGUCCAGUGUUUCCAUACGUCUAUGAAAUAUGACCUAUCAUUACUUACAAUAUGAGUGAAAUAGUUUUCCUUCCAAAAAAUAGUAAUGAAGUAUGUUAAAAAGCAGUUUUUCUGUGUUGGAAUGGUGUGGGCGUACACCAACAACAGAAUGGAGUUGGCGUACACUGAUCAAUAAAAUAGUUAAUGCGAGUAGAUCCCUGAUUGGCCAGCUCAUCCUCCUCCUCCUCAAACCUGAGGUGGGGUUUUUAAAGGGGUUUUCUCUCCAAUUUCUGCUUUGGCCACAAAUACAAGUAUAGGGUAAAACAAAAACAUUAUCUGGAUAUGAAUUCAGAGAAUAUGAACUUUUAAAUGUGUGAUUUUCACUGGGCAUUUGCUUUAACUCCAGCAGGCACAGCCAGAAGAGGACCACCCCUCAGAGCCUGGUUCCGUUCUAGGUUUCUUCCUGUCUCUCUAUGUAGUUUUUCCUAGCCACCGUGCUUCUACAUCUGCAUUGCUUCCUGUUUGGGGUUUUAGGCUGGGUUUCUGUAUAAGCACUUUGUGACAUUCUGCUGAUUUAAAAAGGGCUUUAUAAAUACAUUUGAAUGAUUGACUGAUUUAACUGUCUUGCUUUGCUCUUGCCUGGUACUAGCUAAUGAAGUGAACUAUAAGCCAAUCAAUGUGACCAACCAAUGUGACUUAGUUCACCCCAUUAAAUGUACGGUUUGUGAGGUUUUAUUAGUCAUUUUGAUAUGCCAUUGGUGUUUAACAGUAUUUGUAUUUCAUUUAUUUGCAUAUAUGGGCAUUGUAUUCACCCUUCAUUAAAUAAACACUUAAAUAUUUCAAA